UCCCAAUAUACUUUUUUUAAUUUAAAUUUUAAAAAGUUAACCCCAAAUUUAAUUGAAAAAUCUUUUGUGUCACAUUUAUUAAGACAAAUAAUAAUAUGCCAAUUGAAACAAUGGCACCUGUAGCUGCACCCACACCAGCCACAGCUACACCUGCAUCUACACCAGCAUCUGCACCAACAAACAACAACAAUGAGGCUCAGAAGAAAAGUAACAGAAUUCAAGUCUCUAACACCAAAAAACCACUUUUCUUCUAUGUCAAUCUUGCUAAGAGGUACAUGCAGCAGCAUAAUGAGGUUGAACUUUCUGCUUUGGGCAUGGCGAUCACUACGGUUGUCACAGUUGCUGAGAUUUUGAAGAAUGGUGGAUUUGCGACGGAGAAGAAGGUUUUAACAUCCACAGUUGGAAUGAAAGAUGAGGCCAAAGGCCGCAUGGUUCAGAAAGCAAGAAUUGAGAUAGUGUUGACGAAGAGCGAGAAGUUUGAUAAGCUGAUGACACCAAGCAAUACUAAUAGUGAUCGUGCAGUAGCACAAGAUGGUGCAGCAACCAACAAGAAUACUAUUACUAAUGACACUAAGGAGCAAACCAAGAAGUAGAAAGGAUGCUACUUGUUAUUGUGUCAAAUCUCAUUCUUACUGUAUCUCAGUCUAGAUAUGAGGAUGCUACAUAUCAUAUUAUUCUGCUAUUAUUUCUUAUUAUAUUUGUUAUUAUUAUUACUACUACUAUUAUGUUAAAAGUUAGAGAGGCUAAAUAUAGGGUGACAGCAAAAGCAAACCCUCAUCAAGGAGUGUUGUUUGUGAGUUGUGACUUUUUUUAGGAAUUUUUUUUUUUGCCUCCAUAUAACUUAUAGAGUUUGUCACAUUUUGCAGUUCCCUUUUUCAAACUUGUAUCUCCCAAAGAUACAGCACAUAUAUAAUAUGAUUGCUGUUUAGUUUUUAGUAUAUGUUUAUUGGUGUCUUUACA